CUCACCGAAGAAGAAGAAGAAGGCUUUUGCGGUGCUAGUCCUCUAUCUAUCUCUAUGUCUCCUUCACAUCAAGCAUACAGUGGACAUUUUUGUCAUUAAGCGAAAUAAAUUGCGUACGACUUUUACAGUUUUGUGGUCUCCCGUGAGUUCGUGAAAGGGAAUGUCGAACGGUGAAAGAUCGGUUAGUGAGGCGCCUGGGAACGGCAACAUUAUGGCUCAACAGAAGCUUCUGGAAGGUUACGUGGGCUUUGCCAAUCUCCCAAACCAAGUGUACAGAAAGUCUGUCAAGAGAGGCUUCGAGUUCACUCUCAUGGUUGUGGGUGAAUCUGGUUUGGGGAAGUCUACACUGAUCAACUCCCUCUUCCUGACAGACUUGUAUUCUCCUGAAUACCCUGGUCCCUCUCACAGAAUCAAGAAGACUGUACAGGUGGAGCAGUCUAAGGUGCUGGUAAAGGAAGGAGGAGUUCAGCUUCUUCUCACCAUCGUUGACACGCCAGGGUUCGGGGACGCUGUCGACAACAGUAACUGCUGGCAGCCAGUCAUCGAUCACAUCGACAGUAAGUUUGAGGAUUACCUCAACUCAGAGUCCCGGGUCAACAGACGGCAAAUGCCUGACAACAGAGUGCACUGCUGCCUCUACUUCAUCGCCCCCUCUGGACACGGAUUGAAGCCUCUUGAUAUAGAGUUCAUGAAGCGGUUACAUGAAAAAGUGAACAUCAUCCCGCUCAUCGCCAAAGCUGACACAAUGACUCCUGAGGAGUGCCAACAGUUCAAGAAGCAGAUAAUGCGAGAAAUCACGGAGCACAAAAUCAAGAUCUACGAGUUCCCAGAGACCGACGAUGAGGAGGAGAACAAGAUAGUCAAGAAGAUCAAGGAUCGCUUACCCCUGGCUGUUGUUGGUAGCAACACCAUCAUCGUGGUCAACGACAAGCGGGUGCGAGGGAGGCAGUACCCCUGGGGUGUGGCGGAAGUGGAGAAUGGAGAGCACUGUGACUUCACCAUCCUGAGGAACAUGCUCAUCAGAACCCACAUGCAGGACCUGAAGGACGUGACCAACAACGUCCACUAUGAGAACUACCGCAGCAGGAAGCUAGCAGCCGUCACAUACAACGGAGUGGACAACAACAAGAACAAGGGACCAAUGACUAAAUUUGACACAAAUGAAGGCAUGAGUCCCCUGGCCCAGAUGGAGGAGGAGAGGAGGGAGCAUGUGGCCAAGAUGAAGAAGAUGGAGAUGGAAAUGGAACAGGUGUUUGAGAUGAAGGUCAAGGAGAAGAUCCAGAAGCUCAAAGACUCUGAGCAAGAGCUCCAGCGGCGCCACGAGCAGAUGAAGAAGAACCUGGAGGCCCAGCACAAGGAGCUGGAGGAGAAGAGACGCCAGCUGGAGGAUGAGAAGAGCCACUGGGAGGCGCAGCAGAGGGUGCUGGAACAACAGAAACUAGACACCUCCAGGACCUUGGAAAAGAACAAAAAGAAGAAGAUAUUUUAAUAGUAUUGCAGGAGAACCACCGUGUAACAAUGUAUUAGUUGCCAAUUUACCGGCCUGGACCGUCAGUUUGCCUGUUGACCAACAACCUGUUACUGUGUGUAUGUGUGAAGGAGCAACGUGGUCUGUCUGGGGGAAGUGGGUUCUAACUGGGGGAGAGAAAGAGGGUCCUCCAUUAGAUUCACUUUCAGACAGGCUCAGUCCUGGGACAUGCUCCAUCACUAUAUAUUAGUUCUAAUUUCUUUUACCUUUCUCUCUCUCUCUCCUCCCCAAAGACCUUUCUUAUUCUUCCUGAAAUGGGCAUGUUAGAUGGUUGUACAAUCAUGUUUUGUGGUUCACAUUUCUCAAGCACACAGUCUCACACAUACAGUCUCACACACAGAAAAACAAAACACACAGUUAUCAGCUCUUUCAUGAUUUCGGAGAGGAUUUUCAUUUCUUUUUAAACCCCAGAAUGCAACAAGACUGUUCUUUCUUUCUUUUUCUCUUUCUAGUUAGAUGACCUUGGAGACAGACUGCACUGCUAUGUUGUAGUGUUCUAUUUAACGCCAAAUGACCAAACGGUGAAGUAGGAAGCUACUCACCUCAAGCUACACACCUCAGGCGUUUGUUUUAUAACGGUUUUGUUCUUUCAGUUAUUUAGUCAUCGCUUUUGUUUUUUGUUUUUUUUACCCUCAUCCCAAAAUGAUAUGCUCUUCCAUCUCUUGUAAUUUAAAUGAUCUAGCCAUGGACCCCAUUGUAUAACUUCAGUCAUGUUAGAAUGUUUCAUUUAUUAUUAUUUUGUCUGUUUUACAUUUUUGGUUCUCUAUUAUAUUGGCCCUGCUACAGUAAUCGUUUGUUCAUUAUUCGUUUCAUGUUUGUUUGCAGGUGUUUCCCAUUCUGAUCUUGGAGGUCUACUGUGCAUACAGGAUUUCACUCCAGCUGACACACAGUAGGCCCCCUUGACCACGGCUAGGAAACCCUGUUUUAGAAGACUGUGGGGAGGAAUGCAUGGUUGUUGACCCAACCCGUUAACACAACCCUGUUGUUGUUAUUGUUGUUACUUACAAUUUCCAUUGACUGUAAAUAAACAAGUCUAUAUUGUCUGUAAUAAACAACUAUGGGGUUCCUUUCCCUUACAUCACAUUUAAUUAUGUUCAUGUACUGCAUCUCUGUAUUUUUUAUUUGUCUUUUGUUGUGUUUUUAUAGUCACAUAAUAAACUUGUGAUGAUACAA